AUGGAGCUCAACCCCAAAAAAUGUGCGUUCGGAGUUAGCUCCGAUAAAUUCUUGGGUUUCCUGGUGUCACAAAGAGGGAUCGAGGUAAAUCCCGAUAAUAUCAAAGCCAUCGAGGACAUCCCAGACCAGUUGACAAGCAUGAAAGAAGUCAAAAGGCUAACCGGGAGAUUGGCCGCUCUAAGCAGGUUCAUUUCUUGGUCUUUGAAAAAAUGUCAUCACUUUUUCUCACUUCUGAAGAAAAAGAACAACUUCGAAUGGAUUCCAGAAUGCCAACAAGCCCUAAAAGACCUGAAACGUUAUCUAUCAAGCCCUCAUCUACUAUCAAAGCCGGAGGAAGGCGAACAAUUGCUGAUAUACUUAGCGGUCUCGGAGGUAGCGGUAAGUGCCGUUCUAGUCCGGGAGGACAAAGGACUUGAAUUGGCCCGGGGACUUGGCUCCGAGGCCAUAGAGAUAAAAUGUGAUUCACAACUGGUGGUAAAGCAAGUUUAUGGGAUCUUUGACACAAAGAAGGAAUGCAUGCAACAUUAUGUGAUUAAAGUUCAAACUUUGCUCACACAGUUCAGGGAGUGGUCGAUCACCCACAUCCCGAGAGAAUAA